AUGGGCCCCAAACCGCACGGCAAUGAAUCGGACGACGGUCCAAAUGAAACUCUCGAUAAGAAGAGAUUGCGAAAUCGUCUGGCGCAGCGCACAUUUCGUCGGCGGCAAGCGGAAACUCGUCGCAAGCAGAAACUAGGCAUCGAUCCCAGCGACAAGCCCAGUCAUGAGAUUAUUAGAGCCCUCCAAGAGGAGAACGCCGGGUUGCGACAUAGCCUUAUCGAUGUGCAGUCUAAGUUGGCGCGACUGAUUGCGACAAUGCAGGGUCUCGAGACCGCGGUUCUUAAAGACCUAGGAGAAUGCGCCCCUGAGAAACCUCCGGAGGGGUUUGACGAGGAUCCCACGCCUCUACUCCCGGGGAAGCAAGAACAUGCAGAUUCCAAGGCCGCGCAAAAUGUCCUGGUAGAUCCAGGGACCUCGCCCCACCUCGAAAUCCCGAGUCCCCAUCGUCCCCAAACCGCCGCGAUAGUGCCCUAUCCCGGGGAUUACUCCAUCCCCUCAACAGGGAUGCCCUCCGUUAUACCCGACGCAGUGGAUAUCCCCACAGACUUCGACAUCUUCGCAGGCCAGAUCCCGAAUAUUUGGAGUUUUGAGUAUCAAAUGGGAAACGAACGAUACGUCGAUGCUCUGGCUGCCAAAGCGGGAUCCCCGGACGCGGCCAAUUGGAGGUGGCUCGAGUCUAAUUCCACUUUAUCGGAUCAUAUUUCCGCCCUCCAAACGAUCAUGAGGAGGAAACUGGUGCUCACGGAGCCGAUUUCAGGGUUCACAAUGAAUCUCUUCUAUCAAAAGGUCCUCAUGGCGGUAUCUCUUUUCAACAGCCUGGUCCGCCCGAAUGUCAUGCGCUGGUACGCAAAGACACGCUUUUAUCACAUUGUCGACUUGACGGCUUGGCAGAUCUAUCCUUGCGCACGAACUCUGCGGGCGAUUCUCCCAGAAUACAUGCCUACCCUCCUCCAGAGCCAGUGUCAAUACCCGAAGGUCAUAGACUGGAUCCCGUUCUCGUCCCUCCGUGACGGUCUGAUUCGGCUUCAUUCGGCCAACCCGCAAAUCGACCAAAUAUUCACCGACGCAGUCAGCAGUUACGUUGUUCAGGCAUGGAUGUCUGACCUCGUCAAAGGCGCCCCCCAGUUGAAGGCGAGCCCCCCCGCUAAUGAAGGGCACACUCCCUACGAGCACGGCGUCAGGCUGCCCGCCCCUGAUACGGCGACCCUCUUCUCCUCGCCCGCAUAUUCGCGGGCCGCUUUCGAUUUCCUCAGUAUCGAUCACGGGGUCACUAAUUAUAAAAUCGAUCCCGCUUUCUUCGCCAAGUACCCGGAGCUGUACGAUUCCACCUCCGAUAUCAUUGCUGGAGGGAUUCCUUUGCGGCCGGACCUUCAGAUUCGUCUCACUCAUCCACUGAAACGCCUUGAUGUUCAGACUUUCCGAACGUAUCAGAGUUUCAUAGACUUUUCUCAUGACUACGAGAUGCUUUCCGCGAAGAUAUGA